AUGACUAUGACCGACUGGCUUUCGUCAAAUCCUUCUACAGGAUUUAGCUGGUUCAUACAUCCAGCGUCAACACCAUCGUUAUUACUACCCUCAUCAUCAGCAACGUCAUUCGUUGCGUGCUCUUACGAAUCAAAUCGUCACAAACCCUUUGUCUUGGGUGGUGGUGGUAAUGAGAUAUGGGAGUUUCUUACUGGAAGUGUCAAUAACAAAAUAACGAAAAUAGCAUUACAAUAUCAACGACCAUGGUUAGAUUACAAAGAUGAACCUGAAGGGGUGUGGUAUGUUAAAGUAAUAGCAAAAGCGGAGAACCACAGCUAA